GUCGUGGAGAAAAUCCUCUGAAUUUCCGUCUCGUCUCUUCUAUUUCAGCACCUAUAAACCUAGAAAUACCUUUGGCUUUGCACCGUGACAUCUGAAAUUAAUUUAUUCGAAGCUUUAGUUGAAUCUGAUCGACGAAACGAGAUCUUAGAGUCGAAGUUCUUGGUUUUCAAAAUCCCCAACCAAUUCAUGUUCAUAUUAUCAGAAAAAUGAUACUUUCACUCAUCGGUCGCUCUCUCUCUCGCUCUACAUGCCACAGAAUUGUUAUUUCUGGUAAUUGUGGUGUGAGGUCAGCGCUUUCAACUGAAAAUGCGUGUAUGGAACGCGUUGAUGGUGGAUUAGGGCUUGUGAGGGGUUAUUUAACUUCGAUUGGGGCUGGAAAGAAGGUUGUUUCAAAUACGUAUUUAUUGGAAUUCAAUUCGGUUUUUGCGAAUCCUAGGCUCCGGAGGUUUUUUUGCAGUGAAGCGCCGAAGAGAAGAAACUAUGAGAACUAUUAUCCAAAUAAUAAGAAAGAAAUACCGAAAGGAAACAAUCAAAAGUCCGAUUCCAAAGAGGACUCAAGUACGGGUGAUCAAGGAAACUUUCAGCAAAACUUUAUGAAACAUUUUCAAAACAUAUUGAUACCACUGUUACUUAUUGGAUAUGUGUUUUCCUCACAAUUUUCGAGUCCUCAUGACCAGAAACAGAUUAGUUUCCAAGAGUUCAAGAACAAGCUACUUGAACCUGGCCUGGUGGAUCGCAUUGUUGUUGCCAAUAAAUCAGUUGCGAAGGUGUAUGUAAAGAGCUCACCGCCUAGUACAAAUCAAGCCAGGGAUGAGAUUGUCCAGGGUCCUACUAAUGGUACCAAUGCUAGACGGAAUGUGAGCCAGUAUAAGUACUAUUUUAAUAUUGGAAGUGUCGACUCCUUUGAGGAGAAGCUGGAGGAAGCCCAGGAGGCAUUAGGAAUUGACACUCGUAAGUAUGUUCCUGUGACAUAUGUGAGUGAAGUGAAUUGGUAUCAAGAACUGAUGAGGUUUGCCCCUACGGUCUUACUUCUUGGAUCCCUUGUGUACAUGGGACGCAGAAUGCAGGGUGGAUUAGGUGUUGGUGGUCCUGGUGGGAAGGGUGCCCGUGGGAUAUUCAAUAUAGGAAAAGCACAUUUUACGAAAAUGGACAAGAAUGCUAAAAACAAGGUCUAUUUCAAAGAUGUAGCCGGCUGUGAUGAGGCAAAGCAAGAAAUCAUGGAGUUUGUGCACUUCCUGAAGAAUCCAAAGAAAUAUGAGGAAUUAGGAGCAAAAAUUCCAAAAGGCGCUCUUCUUGUAGGUCCUCCUGGGACUGGGAAAACACUUCUUGCUAAAGCAACUGCAGGUGAAUCGGCUGUCCCUUUUUUGUCUAUAUCAGGAUCUGAUUUUAUGGAAAUGUUUGUUGGAGUUGGGCCAGCUAGGGUUAGGAGCUUAUUUCAAGAGGCAAGACAAUGUGCGCCUAGUAUCGUUUUUAUUGAUGAGAUAGAUGCAAUUGGUCGAGCAAGAGGGCGUGGGGGCUUUUCAGGGGGCCAUGACGAGCGUGAAAGUACUUUGAAUCAGUUGCUUGUAGAAAUGGAUGGAUUUGGGACCACUGCUGGGGUAGUUGUACUUGCUGGGACAAAUAGACCUGAUAUCUUAGACAAAGCCUUGUUAAGGCCUGGUCGAUUUGAUCGUCAAAUUACCAUUGAUAAGCCUGACAUCAAAGGCCGUGAUCAGAUAUUUCAAAUUUAUCUUAAGAAGUUGAAACUUGAUCAGGAGCCAUCGUUUUACUCCGAGAGGCUUGCUGCUUUAACUCCUGGAUUUGCUGGGGCAGACAUUGCAAAUGUUUGUAAUGAAGCUGCUUUGAUUGCUGCAAGGACGGAGAGUACACUGAUUACAAUGGAACAUUUUGAGGCCGCUAUAGAUAGAGUCAUUGGAGGUCUGGAGAAAAAGAACAAGGUUAUAAGCAAACUAGAACGGCGGACCGUUGCUUACCAUGAAUCAGGCCAUGCUGUUGCUGGUUGGUUCCUGGAACACGCAGAACCAUUGCUGAAAGUGACAGUUGUUCCUCGUGGUACUGCCGCUCUUGGUUUUGCUCAGUAUGUGCCCAAUGAAAACCUUUUGAUGACUAAAGAGCAGCUCUUUGAUAUGACUUGCAUGACCCUUGGUGGGCGAGCAGCUGAACAGGUUUUGUUGGGAAAGAUCUCAACUGGAGCACAAAAUGACUUGGAGAAAGUGACCAAGAUGACCUAUGCCCAAGUGGCGGUCUACGGUUUCAGUGACAAGGUAGGUCUUCUUUCCUUCCCUCCCAGGGAUGAUGCGUUUGAGAUGACCAAGCCCUACAGCAGCAAAACUGCUGCAAUUAUCGACAAUGAAGUGAGAGAAUGGGUGGCUAAGGCGUACGACCGCACAAUACAGCUGGUAGAGGAGCACAAGGAGAAAAUAGCUCAGAUUGCAAAGCUGUUGCUCGAGAAGGAGGUCCUGCAUCAAGAAGAUUUAGUUCGAGUACUUGGUGAACGUCCUUUUAAAAGUAGUGAGCCAACAAACUAUGAUAGGUUCAAGCAAGGAUUCCAUGAAGAUAACAAGGAAACAAAAGACACCACUGAGGGAAAGACCCUUGAGGAUGAUGGUUCAACAUCCUUGGAACCUGAUGUGGUACCUGCAUAGCGAUCACCCUUAGAAUAGUUUAUGGUUUGUAUAAAUUAUUUGCAUUUGAAUUGAUUUUUUUUGCAUUGCCUGCUUGACUACUUCCUUUAUCUGAGCUCUUCUAAAUUGUAAAAAUCACGGCUUCUGCCUGAUAUUUCAGCCUCUAAUGAGUAUUCCAUGAUUAAUGUCCCGUUUUCGGGCUCAUGCCAUAAUGCCCAUUUCAGAAUUCUAUUUAGUUUAUUAGAAUUGACCCACAUAGCCAGCCAUCAACAUUUGGAUUGUAAACUAUUAUGGUUAUGGAGAUCUAUAACGAAUUGUAUUGGUGUGUGGAGAUUAUAGACAGCUCUGUUGGAAG